AUGGCGAAAGCGAAAGAGAUCGACGAAGAGAUCCAGAUCCCAAACAAGCUUCAAAUUGAACUUUCACUUUUGAUUGAAGCAGAAAGUGAGACAAUGGAUAAAAUGCUCUCAGCUAAAUUGCUGAAAGACGUCAACAUUCAACGAAAAGAUGAGAAUUCACCAUUAGUAGCGAAGCCUCCGUGGCCUUAUGAAUUAUGGCAAACCAACUUUGAAGACAGGGACUCAAAGUUUUGUCGACAGCCAGAAUUUUCAUUGCCUUCUAAUGAGACAAACGAUGAAGACCAGAAAUUAAGAAUACUAAACCAAAAUGUUGAACAACCUAUUUUCGAUGGGGAAAACGARGGGAUUGAAGGCUUCAUCACCUCAGCUUCAUCACCUCAGCAUGACGUCCAACAAACCACUUCGAGGUGUAUUGAUAUUCUGUUAGAACUACAAAAUCUGCUUUCCCUUGCAGAUCAUGUUAAUAAAUUUACUCAAACCAAAGAUGAUGUGAUUCCAGCUGAAUCUGAUGUUGUGGAAAACGUAAAUGCUGUUCAAACAGGAUUUGUGAAACACUGUUCAUGGAUGAUGAAAGCUGUCAGUUGCACAACACUGAAAAUACUUUGCAUGGACCUGAUAUUAGGUCUGGGCCAGAUGACAAAACAAAAUGUUCAGAGUAUACAUCCAUGAAAGAACAAUCAAAMUGAAGUGUGUAAAGAAGUAAUGGAGCAAUUCAAUGAGGAUCUAUAUGAGAUAGGUUGYUCAAGGUCAGAGGAACUGACAGAAAAUGGUCAGGAUAAUUCCCAAAGUGAGAUUAUCCAUGAUAAAGUUGGCAUGAACAUGAGUGCUGCAGUCAAAAGUGGAAUAGAUUCAGGAAAAGACAGUAAAAGAAGRAUUGAAACAAGKGACUGCAAYSAGGAUAAARAAACAGAAACUACUAAACAAGCUGCAGCAGACAGAGAUGAKAAUAAAGAGUCAAAGUCAAAGAGUGCCCAUUUAAAAACUGAGCUUGAAUGUCCAGUUUCUUUAAAUUCACUCUUGUWCACUUCGACCAAGAAGUGGUUGUCAAAUAUCAGCAUUGAUGACAUACCUCAAACUAAAUUAAUCCAAGAGAUGGCCUCUCACUUGAUGAAUGAUACUGUUGUUGUGCUGCARGAAAAACACCAGAUUUUUUCCAAAUGUUACAUCAUUAAAACUGGAAGUAUGGCAGAGRGAACAAAGAUCUAUAAUCCCAAUGAGGUUGACUUCAAUGUUGCACUCCCAAUGUURGCCAAUCCAGAUGUUGCUGAACUAUUUUAUAUACAAGCUGGAAUUAAAGUUCGUCUCCGCCAUCACUUCUGYAAUGAAAUUAUKUCUUUUUUACAACAGUUUCCCUUCUUUGACAGCUCCCACAGGCACUAUCUUACAAAUGCUUAUUUACUCCAAGUUUUUCGUGAAACCAUGAAGGAUCAUAUUCCACAGGGGUGGGCAAUGCGAGAGGAGAGUGAUGUSCAUAUGAUGAGGGUAUAUUUAAAGAACCAGACCUUGACUGUUCAUCUACAAUGUACUCAUGAUGGGCCAUAUCCAGGCUUUAUCUUGUCAAUUGAUGUAUGUUUUGGCAUUCCUCUUGAUGCUGAACGACUUGAUGGUAUCUAUGUUCCAGAUAUGUAUCAUGCAACAAAUAUUUCCUUUAUYCAAAGUGAGUGCCUGAGAUUGAAAACUGGAGUUAUUGCAGUUAUCAAUCGAAAUCCCUUUGUGGCACAACGCUUUUUCUUUGAAACAGAAMCACAAAKAUUUCAUGGAAAUAAACCAGUAGGAAAUUGUUACAAGCUUGCAAAACAUGUAGCAAGAACAUUCCUGCCUAAAAUUGUUAAAAACAAUUGCAUCUUGUGUGAAGACUCUUUAAUCCCAUCUAUUUACAUUAAAACUGUGGUAUUAUUUAUGAUGGAUAWCUACACAGAAAGUAGUUACUGGUGUGGUACAGAGCUAGUAAAUAGAUUGGUGGAGAUCUUUGAAGUUUUAAGUUACAGCUUUGCACAAGGUGAAUUCAGAACUUUGUCGUAUUAUUCAUAUAUAUACAGUAUGUACCUGGACUGUUGGCAGAGGUACAUUCCAGAUAUCCAUAGCAUUAAAGAUGGGGUAGGCAUGGACAGGGAAAAGCCUUGUACAAUUCCAUCUAUUGAAGAUGUCAAUCUUUCAUCAUCUCCUGUUGGUGUGACCUCUGCUCUGCAAAGUUACUGGAYAUUUAUGGAGUGUGAAGAAUGGACAGUUGGCAAGCUAUUAGGAAAACUUACAGAACUAUUGUAUUUCUUAAARUUUACAGAAAAUACCUUUAUAUAGUCUGUCACUGUAAGUAUUUACUUUAUUCAGAUGAUUUCAACAUACAGUAUUGUAAUGGACAMCUUUUCUUGGUCUCCAACUAAGCGGCUCAWAAGUCUGUAUUUUUAAUGUACAAAAAAGCCAAAGAACCAUUUCAAGAAAGGAAAAAAUGGCGAGUGGUAAUUGUUAAACGGCGAUUACARAACCGAAAGGAGCCGUGGGUUUUGCUAAUGAAUGGGGAAUAACAACACUGAUUUAUACUGURGGAUAGUCUGUGAUAAUCAUUGGAUCCAUUURGUCUCCUUUUCAAUAAACAAAGCGAGCCUA